AUGGAUGCGUUGGCUUUGUCGGAGACCAACGCCCCAAGGCCCGAAGAGCGUCUUCCUCUAGUGAACGAUGUCGUCGAAGGAAAGUCCCCUGGUGAAGGCGAGAACAAGUUUCAGAAGGCAAUAGCAGCAUGGCGUGGUAUUGAUCUUUCCUCAUUAAUGCCGCAAUUGGACUCGACCGCGUCUGAGAUCGUGGCACAUCAAAGGGAUGCGUUGCUCGAGCGAAAGGAACUCGCCCAGAAGACAAAGGACUUUCGGAAACUCGAAGAUGCUGCCAAGUUGACGGAAUACAAGGCCUUGCUGAAAUCCUACCAGACUUUCAUUGAUUUGAUCACUGGCCACGGAAAGACAUCCUCGUCAGCAUUCCUUCAACUGUAUCAGUCCCUCUCAGAGGCGCCAGAUCCUUUUCCUUUAUUAGAGGCCUCGGUCGAUUCGCUUGUCGCUUCCGAGGACACCGUCCCCAAACUUACCACCGAGAAUCAGCAACUACUAUCCCGAGUCAACACGUUAAGCAUGCAGUUAGAAGGAACCGAACGGAAACUGCAAGAAGAGAGCAAGGCAAGAAGAGACGCGGAAGCUGGGACCGGGACUCACGUACAGGAAAUCGAGGAAAAAUGGGAGAAAGUCUUGGAGGAGAAGCAAAACAACUGGACUGCCAAAGAACAUGCUCUGGAAGAGAAGAUAGAGAAUCAAGACCGCCUACUGAAAGAGCUGAAAGCGAGUUACGAGGUAUCCCAGAGACUUCAAGAUGGAUCUGCCGACGCAGCCUCCUCAAAAGCGGCGACCGUGGAGUUGGAAAUGAUGAGUUCAGAACUUGAAAAGACCAGCGCCCGGCUCGCGGAGAUUGAGGCCAGGAACGAGCAGCUACGUGUUGAUCUUGCUCGUGCCACAUCGCAAAACCCUCAAACGAACGACAUUGAGGACGACCCGUCAUUCUUACGACUACAAUCCGAAAACUCCUCCCUAUUGCGGAAAAUCGAAUCUGUCCGAUUUGAGAGGGAGACAGACAGGCGAGGUUGGGACAGCAUACUUCGUCAAGCAGAGAGGCAACGAUCUCAACUUUCUAGCGAAAAUGAAGACUUGCGUGCCAAAGUCAGUAAAUGGUCCGACUACGAAGAUCUCAAGCGAGAACUCGAUACGCUUAGGUCGAUUGAGCUGUCAAUUGGAGACGAGGACGACGCCGAUGAAUCAGGUUUGAAUGGUGCAGCGGAGAACGGCAGUAAACAGUCAUUAGAGCAGCUCUUGCUUGCACGCAACAAGAAGUUGAGCAAUGAGCUGACUCUACUCCGAGUGUCACAUCAAGAUCUUCAUCGACAGCUGGAAGAUCUUCGAGAAGAAUUGUCGCGGACCCACGCAGAACUGGAAAGGUCGCAAAAACUGUCUUCGACGUUGGAGAACGAUUUGCUUCGAAUGCAAGAAGAAGCAACAAAUGUCCCUCCGUCAUCCGGAAUGUCUGUUGCCGGAACAUAUGUCUCUCGUCAUCCUACGGGGUCCAUGCGGCGAGGAAGAGCCUCCCCUACAUCGUCGAUUAUUUCGGGAUACGACACACAGCCCCGGACCAAUACUCUGGAAUCACUACGAGCCGGAGAAGCUGUCGGCGGAGGGUCUGGCAUUCUGCCGAUGAUCCAAGCUCAACGGGAUCGCUUCAAACAGAAGAAUCAGGAACUUGAGGAAGAGCUGUCCAAAACAUACGCGACCGUAAACUCACUACGGCAGGAAGUUGCCUCGCUUCAAAAGGACAAUCUGAACCUAUACGAGAAGACGAGAUACGUAUCGGCAUACAGUCGGGGGCCAACGACAACAUCCUCAUCUUCUUACUCGGGAGCCCCUGGACACACUUCCGUCUACACCUCGGAUGAUGCCACUUCAAGCCGGUGGAAGUCACAAUACGAAGCCAACAUCUCGCCUUUCGCCGCUUUCCGUGGCCGAGAAGCUGCCCGAGCCUACAAACGUAUGAGUCUCCCCGAAAGGAUCAUCUUCUCGCUGACAAGGAUCGUUCUUGCCACAAGAACUUCGCGGAAUCUUUUCGCCGGGUAUUGUCUCGGGCUCCACGUCUUGGUCUUUCUUAUGCUGUAUUGGAUGGGUACAGCAGAUGUUGACCGAAAUACCGUCCAUCUGGGCGAAGCCGCUGCGGCCGUUGCAGCUGGCGGCGCAGGAAUGAGGUCCCCUGACUCCCACAAGCCAGAAUGGUCGCAAGAGCAUUUUGGAUAG